AGAAGUGGCGACGGAUGAUGAGAUGUUUGCAAACAACUGCGUUUCAGAGGAGAUAAUAUUUUACAAAGACAUUAUAUUUGACAAGCGCCAAAAGCACGCGUUUGAUCGCCGCGAUACGCACGCGAGGGACGGUGUGACAGUUGCCACGAUGUGAGAAACAAGAUAUAGAUAGCUGCUUCAGAUCGCUUGCUAAGGGUAGCUAACCUAACUUCGCUAAGCUAGUGUGUCAGCUUCCACCCUCCGUUCAACAUGAUAAGCGAUACGUGUUUGUUUUCUUGAUAACGGUCACGUUCCCAUGUGACUAACUUGAACAUUUUAAAAGUUCUGGGUACGUCAUUUGAUGCUGAUUGCAAACCGGGCCAAGUACGUCGUCUUCAGCAUUUUUAAUAAACCAUGUGGCUGCAGCAAAGACUAAAGGGUCUGCCAGGUUUGCUGUCAAGCAGUUGGGCCAGAAGACUCCUCAUAGGGUUGUUGCUUUUUCUCAUCUUUUACUGGUACUUGGGCGCAGACCAUGGAUUUAAGUUUUUCGGCGGCUCAGUUAAAUCUGAGGGAGUGGCUGGACAGUGCCUCCAGACUGAAAUUCACAGGUGGAAAUCUCUUGUGGACAGGGGAGAGGGAGUCUAUAGCACGCCCCAGGGGAGAAUAGACACACCUUUUGUGUCAGGGAAUGGUCAUAUUCUGGUUGACAUUGACUCGAACAAAUUAUGGGUAGCGCCAUCUAACCAACCCGGCUCAGCUCCGGUCCACCAGACUGAGUACUCUCCAAUAGUUGGCAUCCAUCUUCCAGGGAAGCGAGCAGAGGCUCAGGCGUCCCUGCUGUGGUUCCGCAAAGGGUCUGUGCUCUCAGUCCGCUGUAUUUUGCCCGCCCCCUUGCAUUUGGCAAGGGACUGUGUGACCAUCAGAGAGGAGUUUAUCGCCCACCGCAGCCGUCCCAAUGUCUAUCUUCAACGAGUCUAUAUCAGCAACCCCUCUGACAGACCUGCCACGCUUGAUGUUUCUACUGAGAGUCCCUCUUUUGGAAGUAAGUUCUCCACCAGUGUAGAGAAAGUGGAGAACAAGGAGUUUGUGCUCUCCUCUUGCCGAGUGCUUGUAGAGAAAACCCAUAUAGUACUUGUGGUAGUGGCCACCAAGAAACUGAGCAGCAAAAUCCAGGUCUCGGCAAAGUCGGAGUACACAGACAAUGUCCUGUCAGUUGUGUGGACAUCAGAGCCCAUUGAGUCAUCCAAACUAGAAGAGACCUUCACCAGGCUUCGAGAUGGAGCUAAAAAAGAACUUGGGGAAUUGUUAAGGGCUAGCGUGGAUGACUUGGUUCUGGAUCACCAGCAGGCAUGGGUGGACCUCUUCAUUUCUGGUGUGGAGAUGAGAAAGAUCACCGACUCCCAUACCCCAUCAAGCCAUACUGUCAACACCACCCUCUAUUACAUACUUUCCUCUUUCAAAGCACCCCUGCUCGACCGGAGGCUGGGCAGUGAUGAACGCGCCCGUCUGGAGUCGAGCCUCAACUAUGCUGACCACUGUUUCAGUGGCCAUGCCACCAUGCAUGCAGAGAACCUUUGGCCGGAACGGAUCAGCAGUGCUGCCCAAAUCCUCCAGCUUGUCACGCUAUGGACUCUGACUCUUCAGAAGAGAGGAUGCAAAGUUCUAGUGGCAGCUGGCGCUCACGGUGUCAUGCAGGGCAUGGUGCUGAGUUUUGGUGGCCUCCAGUUCACCGAAAAUCAUCUUCAAUUCCAGGCCGACCCAGAUGUUCUGCACAAUAGCUAUGCGCUGAGAGGGAUCCACUAUAACCAGGAUCUCAUUAAUUUGGCGGUGCUGCUCAAUACUGAGGGAAAGCCAUUUCUUCACGUGUCAGUGAAACCACAGGAGAAGCCAGUGCAGCUAUACGCCUGUGAGGCAGGCUGCCUGAAUGAGCCUGUGGAACUGACCUCGGAGGUUAAAGGGCACACCUUCCCAGUGAUGGUGACACAACCAAUAACGCCGUUACUUUACAUCUCCACAGACCUGCGCCAUCUACAGGACCUGCGCCAUACUUUGCACCUCAAGGCCAUUCUGGCCCACGAGGAGCACAUGGCAAACAGGUACCCAGGUCUGCCCUUCCUCUUCUGGUUCAGCGUGGCCUCGCUCAUUACUCUUUUCCACCUGUUUCUCUUCAAGCUUAUCUACAACGAGUACUGUGGCCCUGGUGCUAAGCCACUCUUCAGGAGCAAGGUGACCAGUGAGGGAGCCACUGCUUAGGAAGUCUGCUGUGACGCCAUGUGCAAAGGUGCAGGGAUGCUGCAUGAACAAUUACAUUGGAGCUAUUUACCGAUUCAUUGUUUGGCAGUGGGUUUGUUUAAGCUUUGACAGCAUGGGUGAGAUGAUUUUAUUGUUAACAUGUCGGGUCUGAGUCCAGAUGACACUACACCAGUGUCUGUCCUCCUAGCCAGUCAUGUCCCAGUGCUAGCACUGAGUCUAUCUUACAGGGUAACCCCCACCAUUUGAAGAGAAGUCAUCCGCUAAGGAUAGAUACAUACAAUUGCACUUUGUCCUGCUGAAGUCAAAGUACAGCUACUUUCUAGGUUAAAGUAAAGCAUUAACUGGAGAGAGGCAUCUGAAUUGAUUGGUUUAUUAAGAGGAAUUUUUAAUUAUUUUGUUUCCCCAAACAUUAUGAGCAUUUUCAGCUAUCUCAUCCCCAGAAAUUGAACCUAUACAUUUGGGGCAAUUCCAUUACGUCUUAACUGACCCAGAUUAGUAUUAGCUAGAGCACAUAGGAUGAAAACAUAUUUGGAUAACCGAAAUGCAAACUUUCUACCUAAUAUGCCACAGUAAAGUCAUGCUGUCCGAGUUAUGUCGGGAGUAUGUUUACAUUUUUGCAGGUUCAUAUGUCUCCCAGUAUUAUACCCUUGGUAUAAGAGCCAUUAUAUUUAUAAAUUAAGCAUAAUUGCUGAAGAGAGGCCAUCAUAGAUGAGUGUAACGCUUUAUCUUUUCUUUCUGUUUGGCUCCGCUAAUCUUUCAUUCUUGCACAGAGCUCACUCACUUGGCUUAGGUUGCAUGUGCUGUAUGUGUGGUGCAGAGGAGCUACUCUUCACUGCCUGCAGUCACUGAUCUGCAUUUCAGAGUAAAUUACAUUAUGCCUAUUUAUGACUUGCUAUUCUGCCUAAUUUUCUGAAACAACACAUAAAGAAGAAACAAGCUUCCUGAUGUGGAUAGUUUGUCAUUUUUAACUAAGGUUUAGGUAAUUCUUGUUGAACUUCGUACCCCUUGUGGGAUUUUGUUAUUAAUAAUUUGUUUAAAGAUAGAAAUAUUGCUAUCGGUAUUGAUGUAUUUUUGAGUGGCCAGGUGAUUGGAGGGUUUUUGGUGUGUGUAACAUUUGUGUGAAGUGUGAUUUACAAAUAAGUCUUGAUUCAGCCAUUUUGUAUACAUCUGGGAGACCCCCCCCCUCAUUUUAUUGUAAAGACUUCAUCCCAUCAAUUCCUUUGAUAUUUGUUAACUACUGAAUGUGCCUUAAUGAGGAAAUUAUUUAUUCUGAUCAUAACUGCAGUCUGAUUGGAUUGUACUUGAAAAGAUAAUGAUGUGAACUUGCAACAACAAAAAAAGUCUUUUACUUUUGAGUUUGAGGAAAUCAACUGUUGGUUUAUGGAAAUAUAUUGA